CAAAUGGCUAAACCCCGUACCCAUUUUUUCGAUCCUCGAACGACCGCUAAAGCUCGCAUUCUGGCGCUUGAAUCCUACGAUCGCAGCCCUUCGGAUACGGCUUCGGAACGUUUCUUACCACGACUUCCGAUCCUGGGUUCCCAGAAACGCCAUCCACGUUCGUAACGGCUUCAUUGCCGCGCCGACGCUUCGGUCGGACGAUACCGAAACAAGCUUAUUCGGGUUCCAGCGGCCGCUGCCGUAACGCCUGGCCGCUAGUUUUCCCCAGGGCCUCGAUUGCCCGAAAUCUCGGCCUGGUCGUCCCGCUUACGCGAGCAUCCCGGCAAAAUCGAGAUAGGCCCCAACAGGAGUCUGAUCCUGGCGUCUCUCUCUUUACGUACCUCCGCCGCUUCGAAAAAGCCUCCUCCUUGACGGUCCGCAACAGCCUCUGACCGCAGCUCGCAAGGCUAUGCGUUCAUUCGACCGACGCUCUGGGCCGCACAGCCGACGUGAGAGCCCUGCAUCCAGACACGGAGACCCCGACGGAAACUAAAGUCGAACAAGGACCAAGCCCGCAAGGCCUGUCGGACGGUAGACAAUAACGGCGGCGACAGCUAAGGCAACGAAGAAAGUACGAAAGCCGGAACAGUCGAGGCCAGUGAAGGAAGAUCGGCUGGCGACAGCAUUGACGGCCAGAUCGCAAGGCAUAGUGUCCGGGGCCGAGGGAUGAUGCGGCGGUCUGGUACUGAGCCGCCACUCCCACCAUAAUCGCCACCCGUCGUUGUGAUUGCUGCCCUCGUUGUUUUUUCUUUUCUCUUCCCUUCCGUGUGGUUCUGACCUACCUCCCUCACCUCUAACUAUCUCUCCCACAACUGUUCUGGUGGCGACAUCACUCGCCACCACCUCUGCGCUCCGUCGCACCAAGAUGGAUGUACUCUCCGUCUUCAACCACCUGGUCCUCCCGGCGCGGGUGCCAGGCAAGCCAGACGAGGAUACCUGGCGGGUCUCAGACGACGUGCUUGCUCGGAUCAGCAAUGCUUGCUACAAGGCGACAGCGCAUGCGAGGCCUGCCUGGUCGGUCGCUUUCCAGGCCGUCCAAGUAUCCCUUGACGCCUGUUACGACCUGAACGAAUUGGGCCGACUUGACCGAACCCGCAUGCUUGCUCAUUUUUGCAGCCUCAGCCCCGGAAACGUGCUGGUGCUCCAUAUUGCCCCACAGAACGCGGCCCUGCUCAUCUGGAUCCAGGUUCGCAACGGCAAUCACCAGGUCGUGUUUGAAGCCUUCGAGGCUUCGCCAACCACCACUGCCGUCCUCGCCGCCCCGCGCGCGCUCGAGUGGGACUUUCCCGGUCGCUCUUGCCGCCUCUCUCUUGAAGCUUUUCAGGACCCUUCAUUCCAACUGAGCCUGGCUACCUUCCUUGAGCAAGCCAGCAUGGAAUCGCUGAACAGCCUCAGCGCACAGAUAACCAAGGCCGGCAUCUCGGUCGCCGAGGAGCGCGACACGUCCGAUCCUGCCCUUAUCACCCAGAUGCUCAUGUCGAUACUCGAGGCCGUUGGCGAGGCGAGACAGCCGAACCUGCUGCGAAAACACGUGCGGGACGACGUUAACAUGGUCGACGCCAAGCUGCCGUGGCGCCGUCUGCCGUUCUGGCUCGUCCUCCGCAUCGCGGCCAGGCGCCAGCUGGGCUUGGGUCUCGGAGAGAGCGAGGGCCGGUUCGCCUAUAAGUGCCUCAUUGCCAUCUUGCUUGCGCGGCUCCUCAGAGACUCGGCCGGCCCGCUGCCCCCAGACAUGCCCAUCAUCCUCCGGGCCAAACUGUGUCGCCGCAUGGCCAAGCUGCAAAUGGACCUAAAGCAGAUGCAGCCGUCAAGCGUCGAGGAUUGCACAGCUCUCCUGUCUUCGGUCGAUCUUCUUGUCCAGGAAGCGGUACGCGAGGCCACCACCCAAGUCAACAAGGCUUGGGCCGCGUUCAAGUCUAAGACGCAGCGCUUUACUCCGAUGCUUCCCCGCUACGCUGACGAGGGCUCUCUCCGACUCUCUCUGCCCAACAGCGGGGCGUAUCUGGACAGUUUGCUGAAAUUCCAGGUCCCGUCUCGCGCUGUUUUCGCCUCGCUUGAUCUCCCUCGUCCGCUCGAUACAGCCAUCCAGCAAGCCCAGGAUUUCACCGACAAGGCCUUCGCUCUGGCCGCCCUCGACAGUGGCAAGAAUGGUGCAGCCGAUAUAGCUUCCUACUCGAGCGGCGAGGAGAAGUGCCGGGAGCUUGCUCGUCUUAUCGAUGAAGUUUUCAAAAGGGCCAGUGUCUUGUACGACGGAGAUCCCGUGCUUCAAAGCUUCAAGGUGCUCACAAUUUUCUCCCUGUGGAUCCAGCUGGAUGCGGCAGCCAUUGCAGUGUGCCCUCUUCUCAAAAAGUACGCUCCCGUCUUCGAGCCCAAGCUCCUCGACGCCCUUCAGCUGCCCAACCUGUCCGAUAUGCGUCGCCUGCAGGAGAUGCAGAUCUACCUCGACAGACGAAUCUCGGAGGCCUUGCGUGGAAACAUCUUUCAAGUCAACAACCAUAGCUGUCUUGGGGCAAAAUACAGCGCGCAAUCGAGCGCGGUGCAGGCCCUCGGGGAGUCUGUCCAGGCCGCGUCCGACUACGAGGAGCAAAUGAAGGAGGUGGAGUGGGCCAGCGUGUGCAACAAAUACGACGAACAUACCUCGGAAUAUCAUUGUAUGAUCUGCCAGUGCUCUUUUGACGAGUACGGGGAACGGGACGUUCGGGGGUGCACCAAGUGUUGGCAUUGGCGUGCUCGCAAACGCCUGGGCAUUCAUGUGUUCGAGGCGUACCUUCCUGACACGGAGCCGGCUCGCGCAAUUGCGUUGUUCGAACUAGGCAUCCCGGCCUAUCUCGCCACAUACCGCGACACCACCUGGCGUGUUCUCAGGUCCCUAGCGCACCCUAGUCGGAUUGGAACCCCAGGGGAGGCGGCGAAGCUGCUGAGUGCCACGCCGCUUGGGCAAUACAUGUGCGACAGGACGCAAAAGCAGAAGAUCACCCUGGCGUCCCGUGUCAAGUGCUUCACCGACACCCACUACUCGUUCAUCGGCGGCAAAGUGCCCAUGGAGAAGGUUAUUCUGCCCCUCGCAGCCAGGUUUGAGCUUUAUGACCAAGACUCCAAAACCUGGGUGGGGGAGCUCGCCAAGCAGCUGACGCUCGAGCACCUCUGCGGUGUCCACGUCCCCCGAACACUUCGAUCGACAGUGCUACCGCCAGCCCGCCACCCCGCACCACAAAUCGCUGGACCCUCAUCCUACGAGGUCCAGGCAAACAGCAAUCAGUGCCCAGCCGAAGUGUCGGGCCAGGAGUUUGCUGCGCACCAGGAGCUACUCUCCGGCACGACUCGCCGCUGGAUCCAGAUUCUAGUCCAACUGGGCUCGUCGAGCCUCAACUUCAGCAGCCAGGAGACGGUGAAGCUGCUGUCACAGCUCGCUGUCCAAGCCGGCCCGCGGCUGGGUGGCGAUGUCUUGCGACAGGCCCACGUGUCUUUCAGGGAGCCCGGUUUUGUCGAGCGGCUGUUAGAUUGCGUUCAAAAGCGCUUAGGGAGCAUCCUAAAAAAUUGGAGGGAGCACCAGUGUAUGGAGCUGCUCAUCACGUUAACUUUGCGAAUUUUCCAGCUGGCGCCCGACGCCACAGAACGCAGGCGUGCACAGGGGCUUCUCGACACGGCGAGGGAGGCCACUCUUAGCUGGACCGUCCAGCUCGGCGAGCAGGUGCGCAGCACCAAGGAUGCGGCCGUGGUCCAGCGGGCAUCGGGAUAUUGCUUGUGGGCAGGCCUUCUCUGCCGUCGAACCUUCGCCGCGUAUGUCGACCCGGCGCACACAGUUUAUACCUUAAGCCCAGAGCAGCUGGCGCACUGGGUCCAAGGGUCGGUGGCCUUGCAGGAGAGCAUCCGUGUCGACAUUGACCAACUCCCUCACAUGGAGAAGCACGCACUCUUGCGUGAUGCCAUGACAGCAUUUCGGCUCGUUCCUCUUCUGCGAAGGUCUGUCGAGGCACAUCCUGCGGCCGUUGGCAGGGGCAUCGAUGCCAGCUGGUCCGGAGCGCCGGUGGCAGGUGACGCUCCUAUCAACGGCGACAUCAUUUCUGCAUGGGAUUCCGUCGCUUCUCACGAUCGCUGGAUUGUCGGUGUCAUAACGGACCCCAAAGACGGCAAUGGCCAGCGUAUCCUAGGGCACCCCCAGGUCGUGCAUUACAACUUCGUUGAGGGCCACCUAUUGGUCAACGGAAAGACGCAAGGCAAACUACCCCGCGAAAUCUGUGACAAUCCCGAUGUCAAAACCCUGUUUGGUGACAAGCAUCUCCUCACGUAUCCAUUCCUCGGGGGCAAAAUGACGCAUCGGCUGGUGACCCGCGAACAUGGCCAAGAAGUGCACUUUGGCCUCGACAGGGAGAAGAAUGUGGUGAUUCAGUCGAUAUCGAAACAGAGUCGGCUUCAGUUCGUGCCCAGCCGCAUCUUCGCCGGCCCGGACUCGUCAUUUGACCUCCCCUCUGAGCUGGUGGAAGGCUGUGUUCACUGGCUUAAUCUGGGGACCCGGUGUCUCGAGGUCCGACGUGCCCCCGAUAUCUGGCGCAAGCGUCCGCGUGACUGGGUGGUCGACGUUGAUAACCGGCGAGCGCUUCGUGGCAAAGUAACUUUGGUCGACCCGCGAUCGGCCGUGUUUGCCUCCGUCGAACGCAUCCUGGCGCAUUUUGAAACGCCCGAAGCGCUUACAGUUUACCAGCCUGCGACAGGAAGACUGAUGGUGGCCUUGCGGCGGCUAGACCUCGCGUUCGGAGUCAAUAAGAGCGGUCGCCUAGAGUGUGAGGAGCUCGGAGCCGAAAUUGACCCGGACCAAAACGCCGGGACGUGGUACGGCCUAGCGAGCAAAAUCGUGGUGCGGGACGUGGCUACCCAGGAGCGCAGCGUUCUGGUUCCGCUGGGCAUUCCCGCCUGGAGGCGAUUCGGAAUGCAUGUUGAAGUGCGCAUGAAGGGCGCCACAGAAUACGGCCGGUUUGGGAUUGACACCCUACUGGGCCGGCUGACGUGUGCGCCGGAACCAAAAUUGCUUUUCGUCAAGGCAGUCUGCCACGCAUUAACAUCCUUCUGCCUCCCUGAUCCGUUAACGAAGCGAACGGGCACAGAAGAGGCGCUCGCCAUCCUUGCCUCAGGCAUUGUCCAGCCGUGGACCCCCAUUAACGCGAAUUUGAAGUCGAGCUUCGAGUGCUUUGAAAAGAUGCUUCCACGCAGGCAGUAUUAUCCGCCAAAGCUUAAGCGCCUGCAGCAGGUGGUGUGGAAUGAUCACUUAACCACAACAAUCCAGCACGACGGUUAUCGUGAUUUGCUUCGCGACAUUAUCGAAAAGUCCAACCGCCUUGGGGACUUCGCCGCUGUCCACACCGCGCACGACUCGAGCCUCUCUCAACCUGCAACACCGCUCGACCGCCGUGGAGAACUCCAAAGGCGUUUGUACGAACGACCGUUUUUCGACGUUAAUGGUACUGGCGAUAACAAAGCUGGCCGCAAUAACACCAUCCGGUACACACCUCGGGACCGCGUCAAAACACCCAGAGCUGAAAAGGUGUUCCAGGCGGCCCGCCUCGUUGUUCGACGCUGCGAGGGCCUGCACAUGAACAGUACGCUGGCCUCGAUACUUGAGACUUGGGAUCAGAGCAGCCCAAUAGGAGGGUUCCAGCCACGGUCAAAGGGCGUCUCAACAGCCUCGAACACACCUCUCCUCGACCAGAUCGAGGGUUCUAUCCAAGAGAAGUGGGGGUAUAUCGUGCAGUUCUGCCAGGCAGCUGACGUUAAGCAGCACCAGGGAACUUUGCUCUUCCGGCUCGGACUCUUGGCGUUUGGUCCUGUCGACAUGGACAUCGUCCACUCGCUGGCCGCUUUUGCCUGUAUUAGCAGCCUGAAACAGAUGCAGCCGCCGGACCGCACCCAAUUCACGGACUUCCCGUCACGCGGGAAACCCUCAUCAAAGGAGCUGAAUAAGCUGGUUAUGUCUGCGUGCUCGACUUGGAGGGGCUCACACUACCAAGAGCGGGGGUUCCGUGAGGUGGUUGAUUCGGUCGGCCGGACCGUGGAGCAGCACAAUGCGCUAUGUGAGCGGGAAACCGAGCAGUUCUCCAGGCGAUUGCUGGGGCAGUGGCCUGCGCCUUCCGACAUGUUGUCGACGGACGACUGCGCGCAGGAGGUGCUUGACCUUGGCCUAGCACUGGAGAAGAUUGCCGCCGAGUGGGAGCGCAGGCGAGAUAAUGAUGCGCUUGAGGGGUUUGUCAAUCGUGUGCAGGCGAUCCUGGACUCGUGUCAAAGUUCGCUGGACGGUGCCAGGCUCGCGAAGUGGACGGGCAAGAAGAACCCCCACCUGCCAGUUUCGCACCGCGACGUCGUUCCCUUCUCUGCUCGGGAUCUGGUGCUCAAGCCUGGGCCUCUGCUCCGCCCCUUCUCCAUGCGUCCAGCUCGACUCGCGGCAAGCAAUACAGGGCCGACAGCUGUUAAUGCCCCCAGCGUACCUUCCACCACGGCCGAAACAGCUGAGCUUCGAGCCAUCCUCAACAAUUUCACGACCGCUGGCGACGAGCUGCGCAAGGGGUACGGCAAUGAUCUCUUGCAGAGUCUGCAGGCACUCGAGGACGGCGUGGGCCAGACGCCUCACUCCUCCCACAAUGACCCCAAAGCACCAACUGCUGCAGGCCUCGAUAGGUGCAUAGAGAGACUCCGACAUGUGGUCGCGGACGAUUUGAGCCAGCUCGCUGACGCCUUCGCCGCCAAUGACACAAGAUCCCCCUGGCUUCGUUUGGGAGCCAUGUGGCCCUGCAUUGAGACGCCGAUGGUCGUACUCCCGCUCCUGCGGUCGGCAUCGUGUCUAAAUACCAACGGCUGCGACCCAAGCAUGAAAAAAGCACUCGUACAUUACGGGCUUAAUUUAACGGCCCUGCAGCAGUUAGAGCGCAUGCGACGCGCACUGCGCCGAGAUAACACACCCGCACUUGAUGACGAGCUCCGCAACCCAGGCCAUCAGAAUUGGUCGCCCCAUCGCGAAGCCACCGACUGGCUACUUCUUGAAAUUGACGGCGAUUUACUUAUCCGGUCAGAACAGGUCGAUGUCGCCCGGGCCAUCAUCGCGCCGAUUUCGGGCCAGAAUAGCGUGCUGCAAAUGAACAUGGGCAAGGGCAAAACUUCUGUUAUCGUGCCCAUGGUCGUGGCAGCCCUGGCUGACGGAAAGACACUCGCACGCCUGAUUGUCCCCAAGGCGCUGCUCAUGGCCACAGCGCAAGUGGCGCAGGCCCGGCUGGGAGGCCUUGUCGGGCGCGAGAUACGGCAUAUCCCGUUCUCGCGUAAGACCAAAACAUCACCGGAUAUGUUGGACCUAUACGCCAAGCUGCAUCUGGACGCCGGCAAAAUGCGAGGUGUCAUUCUGACUAGCCACGAGCACAUACUUUCAUUCAAGUUAGGCGCAUGGCAGCAUCUAGCAGAUGGGAAGACAGAAGAGGCAGCGCAAAUGUCCAAGAUCCAGCUCUGGCUCGACAGGAAGUCCCGCGACGUGCUUGAUGAGUGCGACUUCACUCUCUCUGUCAAAACACAGCUUAAUUACCCGGGCGGUCACCGGACACAUGUGGAUGGACAGCCAUUCCGCUGGCAGGCUGCCGAGGCGCUGCUUGAUAUGGUCGCCGACCAUGUCCCGGCACUGCGCCGACAGCACCCCGCCGGAAUGGACGUGUUAGGCUUGGAGAGCCCUGCAUCCUUCCCCAUGAUGCGGUUCCUAAGGCGAGAGGCUGAGGAUGCUACCAUAAAGCUUGUUGUUGACAGCAUCUGCGGCGGCAGCUGCCCUUUUAUACGUCCCACCGAUUCGGCAUUGGCGUCCCCAGCAGGCGCGCAGAUCCAGGCCAUCCGACGGUUGCUUACAGAGGAAGAGUUCUGCGACGAAACAUUUGCUCAAGCUGUCAGCGCGUUUGAAGACGAGCAGACGAGCACCCAGAAACUGCUGGUGGUCCGCGGUCAGCUUACCAACAAGAUCCUGCUUACCUGCCUCGGAAAGCGGUGGAAUGUACAAUACGGGCUGCAUCCGCUGCGCGACCCUCUCGCCGUUCCUUUCGAGGCCAAAGGCAUCCCCUCGGAGCACGCCGAGUUUGGCCACCCAGACGUCGCAAUCAUGCUCACCUGCUUGGCGUUUUACUACAAGGGCCUAACGGAACCACAACUCCUCCAAAGCCUGCAGCACGUACUUCAAUCAGCCGACCCGGCGCAACAGUACGAGGCCUGGAUCACGGGCAGCAACAGACUGCCGGAGAGCCUGCGGCAUUGGAAUGCCAUCAACACUGAGGACGGCGCCCAAAUAGAGGAGCUGUGGACCCAUUUGAGCCACAGCCUUGUCGCAGUGAACUACUACCUCGACCAUUUUGUGUUCCCGCCGCAUGCGAAACAAUUCGAAGUGAAACUCCAAGCCUCCGGUUGGGACAUCCCUCUUCUGCUGAACCAAAAGAUGAACACUGCUCGCACAACGGGCUUCAGUGGCACGAACGACAAUCGCACCAUGCUCCCCCUCACCAUUAAGCAGGACGACCUGCCCAGCCUCAGGCAAACCAGUGCCGAGGUCCUCACAUAUCUGCUGCAGGAGCGCAAUCGAGGGUACCGCGUCACAGUGGACGACUUUGACCGCAAUCGACUAAAUGAGACAGGCCUGCUGAGGAGGCUUAAAGAAUGGGGAAUUAGGAUCCUUAUCGAUGCGGGGGCCUACAUCCUCGAAAUUGACAACAAAACGCUGGCCCAAACGUGGCUGAAGGAGGACUCCGCAGCCAAAGCAGCCAUUUACUUUGGUCAAGAUGACCGGGCCUGGGUGCACUACCGCGAUGAGGGCAAGGAGGAUUCGCCGCUUCUGGCUACUCGGUUCGCCGACGACCUAAACGGAUGCCUUGUAUAUCUCGAUGAAGCUCACACACGAGGCGUUGAUCUGAAAUUGCCCGCCGACGCGUGCGGCGCGUUGACGCUUGCGCUCGGACAGACAAAGGACUUCACCAUGCAAGCCGCUAUGCGUCUCCGCCAACUACGGACUACGCAGUCCGUCGUGUUCCUGGCUCCACCCGACGUGGACCAGAGCAUACGGAAUCACUGCUCCGUCCCCCCCAGGAUCAUAAUGGACUCAUCACACGUCAUCUCGUGGCUGCUUGAGCAGACCUGCCGCGGUCUUGAAGACCUUCAAAGCCUCUACGUGUCUCAAGGUGUUGACUUUUGUCGUCGCACCGACGCCGAGUGGAGAUACCAUCAGGAUACAGCCGAGGGAUUAGGCGCUCCAGAACAGCAACGCAGCAAGCUCCUCGCCGUUAUCCAGAAGCCGGAGCGACAGACCCUGGAGCGGUUGUACGGCGGAAAAGGGCGCACCGAGUCGUCUUCACUGCCUCCCAACAUCUCCGAUGCUCGCCUGCGUGCCUUCAUGGACCGACUCGCUGGAUUUAACGUCCGCCACAGUGCAAAUCUCGACGCCCUGCAAGAGGUAGAGCAGGAGCAGGAGCAAGAAGUACAGGUCCAGGUCGAGCAAGUGAGCCACGUGCAGAGGCCUGCGCGGUACACGCCUCUUGUCUUCCCGGGGCUCCGCCUGGAAAUUGAACAAUUUGUCCGCACUGGAGUCCUGCCACGCAGCCGAGGUGCUUAUGAACAUGCAUUUGCUUAUGUCGGCAGGACAAGCGUUGGCCGAAAAUUUGGCGUGCGCGAAACAGGCUCGAAACUCUUUGUUUCGGCCGAGCAUGGCCGGACGGUCAAGCUUGCAAGCGGGACCGGGAAGACGGACGUAGCAGACAACUUUUUGCGCCCCGUCAAGUGGAUCCUCUGGAGUCCUUCGACUGAGACCGCCCUUGUAGUCAUCCCGGAGGAGGCCGAGCGCAUCAUCCCCAUUCUUCGCCUUACGAUCGCAGCUGGCAAGCCGCCUGUGCACAUGCUCUCCUACGCCGCGCCGACCACCAAGGCAAUGCUACCAUUCAACAAGUUCCAGUACUACACCUUGCCGCAGCUGCCCUCCGGCCACACCUUUCCGCAGUGGUUUGGAUUCGAGGUCGGCAUUCUAGCGGGUAGGCUGUACGUCGAUGCCGACGAAUGGGACGCCUUGAGGGAGUUUGUCCGGCCAACGGCGGCGGAACUUGUUGAUCAAGAGGCGAAGUUGAGCACUUUUGCCCAUGAUCCGGCCACCUUCGUUCGCGAGUGGCUCGCUCUUCGCCACCCCACACAGAACAUCCUGCACACGCCCAUGGGUUACAUUUGUAUGGGACGGUCGCUGGAGCAGUCGCCGUGGAAUUCAGUCGAUCAUUGAAUGGGAUGAUGAAGAUGAGGCAGCCACAUUUUGUUUGGGUCACUGAGAGGCAAUUUGCCCACAUUUGUCGGAUAGAGUGCCAGAAAAUUUUCGGGUGCGAGACGAUGGCCUAUGGAACUGUAAGCAAAAACCAGAUAAACGUAUGAAAAUGAU